UACAUACUUUGUUUGGGCUUGCUUUGCUUUGCUUUUCUCCUCGUCAGCCUAGAAACUAGUUUUAAAAAAUUUCAAAAUUGAAAUAGUGACUCAAAUCUAAUCAGUAACUUCCUAAUCGCUAAGUAAACACCAUGGAGGAUGACCUGGAGUUUCUCAUCAAUGCCCUGUCAGUGCCGAAUACUCCUCUAACCGAGCCGUAUGAUGAGAAUCAGCUGCUGGACAUGCGUGAGUCCUUCAAGACGCUGCAGAGGCUCCUUCGACGCAGCUCCUUGCCCGUGGAGGAGAGUCUGCCCUACAUGCCGAGAUCAAAGGCCGGAGGAUAUACAGACAGGCUGGAGGAAAGGGCGCUAGUAUCCAUGUUGGCCCUUACGACAGAUUUCGAGAAGAUCAGCGAUCUUAGUAGUGGUCACCAGGUGUGGAACUCGGCGCAGAGUGGAGCCCACUCGUCGCCCAUUAUUUCGGAGUGCGGUCUGCGGGAUCGGGAUCGAGAUCGGGAUCUGGACAACAGUUCAUGGGGCGAGAGUCCUAAUAUUGGAGACAUGGCGCUGGUGCCCUACGAGGAACUCUGCAAUGAGCGGAGUAGCUCCAACACCACGAUCACCGGCCAGUCCUUCUCCUCGUCGGGCAUCUCGAUUAGCAUUCCCGUAAGGUUGGUCUGGAACAACGACGAGUACAAGUCGGAGACAACGGACAGCGAAACCACCAUUAAGCCCGAUGGAUGUCGGUACACUAUCCGAAAUUAGGCUCUCAUAACUCUUGAUCGGCAUGGUAGUCAAAAUUUUAAAUAUCCCUAGUUAAUAGGGAAAAAGUUUUCAAGCUUUAGGUAAUAUUUCAAUACGUAGGUUCAUAUAUUUUUGAGUAAAUGGUAAAUAAAACGUAAAUGCACCCUUA